AUGCCAGAACAAUAUUAUCCGAAACACAAUAGUGAAGAUAUGACAACAUCCCUUGAAUCUUUACCAAAUGAACUUUGGUUGUUAUUUAUGAGUUUUCUUACACCAAUAAAUCUAUAUCGAGCACUCAUUGGUCUUAAUAAUCGUAUCAAUUGUUUAAUUGCUACCAUGACUUCGCAUUUAGUUCUCGAUACAUCUCAAUGUGCUAAUAAUAGUAUUCGUUUUUCUGAUAUGCGUCAAUUACUCGAAGGCAAAGAUUAUUGGUCAAAGUAUCUUCUUUCAUUAAUCGACACUGUUCGUCUUACUGGUACACUUGCCAGCGAUGUAUUUUGCGACCAAUAUCGGUCUCCUAUCGAAGUUCCCUCCAUGAAUACCUCUUUUUCGAUAUUAUUUCCGUCACUUCGUCGACUAUAUGUGACGGAAGAAGCUAUAGAUACAAGAAGCCUAUCAAGAAUUUUUCUUCCAUUAUCGAAAUCGCUACGUUUCUUUCAUUUCUCAGCGAAAAGGUUUUCAACGAGCUGUUACUUUGACAUACUUGAUACAUUUACUAAACAUGAACUCUCGCUUACAAGUAUGGCAUUUGAAGUUAAAAACGGCUGUAUUAGAGAUGAUGAUAGUUAUAAGAAUUAUGAAUGGAAAAAAAUGUAUUGGUCAAAUACUGUUCAUCUAUCACUCUUCAUAGAGCGAUCAAAUGAUCUGUUCGUCCUUCUGGAUCCUCAUGUAUUACCUUGUCUGACUCAUCUCUGUGUUACAUUCAUACAACACUACGACCGUUAUAUUGGAAAUUAUUCUUCAAUGGAAAAUGCAAUUAACAUUACAAGUUACUUACGUUCAUUUCAAAUUUGUCACAUGUCACUUGAAAAUCUUCUUAGAUUUCUUUUAUAUGUACAUAUGCCGUUACUCGAAAAUUUGACUAUGAUUGAAAUCUAUGAUAAUACACUUAAUUAUCUUAACGAUUUCCAACAAUACUUCAAGUUAAAAAAAAACAUGCCUGGUCUUCAUCCAUCAUCUCUUCGAUUUCUAUUGCGCUUUCCUGGUGAACUCGUAUAUCAAUGGGAAAAAAAUCGUAGCUUUGAAUGGCCAUUCGAAAAUACCAAUAUUGAUUACUGUCUUGAUGAAAUUAGUUUGCCCUGGAAGGUUUAUUGCCAUUCACAGCUUCAAACGCCAGAAAAAAAGUAUUCUCUUAUCAUAUUCACUCGUUCAACUCUAAAUUACCAUCGAACAGUACACAAUUAUUCUUUUGCGAUGAAUAUCAAGCAAACAUCGUCGAUAAAAUGGACAUGCAAUUAUCGUGACAAUUCACAACAAAUCUUUGAUAGUUUGACUCAGUUUAUAACAACAAAGGAGCUGGAAAUUGACGAUUGGAUGGGAACCAGUUUACAAAAUGAUUCAGCAAAACAAGUUGUCUUUUCAUCCUGCUUCAAUCAACUUCGAUUGAAUGCACUUCGCUCGCUUACAUUCUUUGACACCGGAAAUACAGAAAAAUUUCUUUUGAAAUCGCAACUACGUUCGUUUUUACAACUGAUUCUCUCAAGCGUACCUCAGCUUGUCAAAUUAACUAUUAAUUGGGAGUGUAUUAUGAACUUUGAUUCGGCAUUAGCCAAUGGACAGUUUGCUGCUUCACCUCUUGUCAGUUUACGUCAUUUACACUUGCUACAUUUCACUGGACGCGGACGUUUGGAUCUAUCAAAAUUAAUCGACAUAUCUAUAUUAUCGAAAUCUCUUCCACAGCUGACGUCUCUGUGGACAAGUGGACGGAAUAUAUAUCCGGAUGAAAAUCUUGCAAAAUUAAUCGCAUCAAUUGUAACUCAUUUUGAACAACUCACUGAAUUUAUUAUCAACAAAGGCAGUAAUUAUCGACAUCUUGGCGUUCGAGGUAUUGAACUAUUACGCAGUCAAAAGCAAUACAUGGAAAAUUUUCUGAGAAAUAUCGAUAAACUUCGUGAUUCAAAUCGUACGAGUAUUACAUGGAAUCAUUUCACUGAAUUCCGCAUCUGGCUAUAG